UUGCGUCACGGCGGGCGGAAGUGGCGCCGCUUGUUUUGAAAUCGGCAGAGUGGGCUCGCGCCGGACCCGAGCCGCUGUGGGUGCCAUGUCCACCCCUCCGCUGGCGCCCACGGGCAUGGCGUCCGGGCCCUUCGGCGGCCCGCAAGCUCAGCAGGCUGCGCGCGAGGUCAACACGGCCACGCUGUGCCGCAUCGGGCAGGAGACCGUGCAGGACAUCGUGUACCGCACCAUGGAGAUCUUCCAGCUGCUCAGGAACAUGCAGCUGCCAAAUGGGGUCACUUACCAUACUGGAACUUACCAAGACCGGCUGACGAAGCUCCAGGACCACCUCCGGCAGCUUUCUAUCCUCUUCAGGAAGCUACGACUGGUCUACGACAAAUGUAAUGAGAACUGUGGCGGAGUGGACCCCAUUCCUGUCGAGCAACUGAUCCCGUACGUGGAUGAAGACGGCUCCAAGAACGACGACCGGGCUGGCCCACCUCGUUUUGCUAGCGAAGAGAGGCGAGAAAUUGUGGAAGUAAAUAAGAAACUCAAGCAGAAGAACCAACAGCUGAAGCAGAUUAUGGAUCAAUUACGGAAUCUCAUCUGGGACAUAAAUGCCAUGUUGGCAAUGAGGAACUAAACUGAUAUUUAAAUCUCCUGCUCUACUCAUGGGAUAUGAUAGGAUAUUUUCCUCCUCCUGAGUAUACCUCCCUUUGAAAAACAUUAUUUAUGUCUUUAUUUUAACACCUAGCACUAAAGUUUCCAUUUCACUUUAAAGUAUUUACUAGCCUUUUUUUUUUAAUGCAGUGGGUUUUAUGAAAGAUUAUUGUAAUACCUUUGAUACAGUGUGUUUUAGUUAAUCUUCAUAAAUUGAAUAAAUUAAAAAAUAUAUAAAUAAAAAUUUAAACAGAA